AUGGGUGGUCCGUCGAAGCGUCGUGCUCAGGAUGAGAAGAAGAGUAGCAGCUCUUCUGGCAACUCAUCGGGCCGCUCUCGUGACGCCACUGAGCGUUCUGUACCGAAGUCCAUUCCCCGUCUCGACGGCAAUCGUGAUCCUGUCACCGUGGGCACAGGAUCGAACGCGGUUGACUACUCGCGUCCACAAGACCUCAAGAAUAUCUCGGAGGCUCUUGGAUAUGCCGGCUGGUGUAUCGCGCGUGGUCUCGAAAUUCCUGGUGAGCUUCCUCGCCGCCCGGCCAAGUUCAAUGCUGUCGGCAAGCCUGUGAAUGUCAUGCUCAACACCUUCAAUGUUGACAAGUUCCCCGCCCAGAUGGUCUACCAGUACGACGUCUCCUGGGGCUCAAGCACUGAUCCCACCAAGCGCGUUCUCGUCAAGAAGAUCUGGCACUCGAAGGCUGCCAAAGAUGCGCUUGGUGAGUCGGAUUCCCUCUGGAUCUAUGACGGCAACAAGCUGGCUUGGUCUGGCAAGCGGCUUUCUCGAGAUGAAUUCCGCGUCGAAGUGGACCUGGAUGAAGAGGAGGCGCAGGACCGUGCUGCUCAAGGCCACAAGCCUCGCGGUGUUAGAGAUUCCGGCAAGAACAAGCACAAGCUUUACGUGAAGUUCACGCGCAAGCUCGACUUCUCCUCUUUGCAGACUUUCUUGAACGGACAGGCCGCCUACUCUACGGAGUGCAUCGACACGAUCAACUUCCUUGACCACCUCAUGCGUCAGGGCCCCGGUCUUGUGUACACCCAGAUCAAGAAGUCCUUCUUCCAGCGUGGUGAGACUCGCUUCGACCUUGGAGGUGGCGUCGAGGCAUUUAAGGGUGUCUUCUCUUCUCUUCGACCUUGCCUAAACGACAAGCUUCAGAAGGGCUUGACCGUCAACGUUGACGUGGCCAAUGGCACCUUCUGGCGGUCACAACCGCUCGGUCGUGCUCUGACUCAGAGCUUUGGUAACUGCACUCCUCAACAAUUUGCAGCUCGCUUCCAGGAAGCUCAGCGCAACUGGAGCCACCACAUGCUCAAGAAAGACCUUCGCCGCUUCAAGCGUGUUGGCGUCACGGCGACCCAUGUGACGCCGCACGUCCAGUACACCAUCGAAGAGUUCGCCAACAAGGAUGUCAAUGAGGCUACGUUCAAGGACAAGGAUGGCAUCGAGCUCACACUCAGGCAAUACUUCCAAAAGAAGUACAAUCUCAACUUGAUGACUGGAGUUCCUGUGGUGAAGAUGACCAAGAAGAUCCGUAACAGUCCAGUCUACCUUCCCGUCGAUGUGCUGCAGAUCGACCCGAAUCAGCGGUACAAUACCAAGUUGAGCGACACUCAGACUUCGAACAUGAUCAAGUUCGCUGUCACCCUUCCCAGGGAGCGAUGGGCUGCCGUCAUGCACGGCGUGAAUUUGCUCGGUUGGCAGCAAGAUCGCUUUCUCAAGCAUUACGGUUUGCAGAUCAACCCAAACCCGGCCAAGGUCAAGGCUGUCUUGCUACCGCCACCCCAAUCUCGCUUUGGUGCGAGGAGCAAGCAGGCUACAGUGGAUGCGAGAGACUUGCUUCAAGGUCGCUGGCGCCUGGAUGGUCGCGUGUUUGCACUUCCGAAUACCGACAGGCCGAUCAAGGCUUGGGGCGUCUGUGUUGUCCAGGGUCGUAAUGCGGUUCCACCGGAGGCUGCGAAGAAGUUUGCCCAAGAAUUCAUCAAGAUAUACACUGCCCAUGGGGGUGUAAUCCAACCGCACCCUCAGCAUGGCACGACGCCUUGGAUUGGCCCCGGUAAUCUCGCGGACGGCGGAGAGAUGAUCAACAAGGCAUUCCAGAACACUGGCAAUCGGUACCAGUCUCGACCGUCGCUCAUGUUCUUCAUUGUCAAUGACCGCAAUAUCGAGGUCUAUCGUCGCAUCAAGAAGUCCAUGGACAUUCGCUUCGGUGUUGUGAGUCAGGUCAUCCAAUCCAAGCACGCGCAGACCGCUUCUGCCCAGUACAUCUCGAAUGUGUGCAUGAAGGUCAACGCGAAACUCGGCGGGGCCACGAACGUCGCCAUCUCUCAAGUCAUUCCCAAGCUCAAUCCGAAAGGCCCCCAAACCCCCACGAUGGUCAUCGGUGCCGACGUUUCCCACCCGGCCCCAGGAGCUGGAUCUGGAGAGGCUGCUUCUUUUGCCGCUAUCACCGUCUCCAACGACGCCAGCUUCACUCGAUACUGGGCUGAGGUUCAGACCAACGGCCACCGCGUUGAGAUGGUCACCACCUCCAACAUCGAGGAACACUUUGGCCACAUGGCGAAGAAUUGGAUGCAGCGCCUCGGCAAGGGUCAGCCGCCGAAGCGUGUGAUCUAUAUUCGCGAUGGUGUGAGCGAGGGCCAGUACGCCGCUGUUCUCAACGAGGAAGUCCGCGACAUGAAGGCCGUCUUCGCGAGGCUUGGCUGCAAGGAGGCGCCCACCUUCUGUGUGAUGAUUGCGGGCAAGCGUCAUCACAUUCGCUUUUUCCCAGACCAAGGCGACCGCAACAAGAAUCCCCUGCCCGGUACCUUGGUGGAGUCCGGCUGCACUCACCCGCAUGAGUUCGACUUCUACCUCUGCUCACACGUUGCGAUCAAGGGUACGGCUCGUCCCAUUCAUUACCAGUGCAUCCUCAACGAGGGCGGCGCGUGGCAGGCGGCAGAGAUCCAGCAGUUCCUCUUCGAGCACUCUUACCAAUACAUCCGCUCGACCACUCCGGUCUCCUUGCACCCAGCCGUCUACUACGCCCACUUGGCCGCCGAUCGGGCCAGGGCUCAUGUUAGCGAUAGCCCUGUCUCAUCCGGCAAGAAGGAGGCCCAAGGCCAAGAGGCGCACUCCUCUACCGGUUCCUCCAACCGCGUGAUCGAGGUGGCCCCGCUGCAGGCCAUGCCCGCCAACACUGGCAUCCGUGAGACAAUGUGGUACAUCUAG